AUGCACCGAGAAGAAUAUCUUGUCCAAAGUGAAUGGACGGAGUAUUUUGCCAAUGCGCCGCCCGCUUUCAAACCACGGAAACUUGUAAAAGAUCAAGACCUCAACAACACAAUCUCCGACAAGGACUGCCAGCUCUGUUUCAAGGAAGCCAAGGCCAGCGGUGACAUUAAAAGAUGCCAAGUCUGCUGUCGUGUUGCGCACCAGCAAUGCCAUGACAUUUAUCGUACGCGCAAAGGAGCAUGCGAAGGAAACACGGGAUGCCCACUGUGCUGCCCACAUUGUCCUUGGAACCCCAGCAAUCGAGAACCGAAGGCCGAACCACUUUCCUUGGCAACGAAGGAAGAACCGGGGCUUCCUGGAGUGAAGUCAGAGAUCAUUGAUGAUAUCCCGUGGACAACAAUGGCGAAGAAGAAUCAGAUGUUGGAGAAGAAGGUCCGCAAGCUCCGAGGUCAGCUCCGAGGUCAGUGCCGUCGAAAGCAAACCAGCCGCACCAUGACAGACAGGCAGUACAAGAGACUGGUUGCGAAGACCGGGGGAAGGGUCGCAAAUUAUCGAGACAACAAGGGCACUAUGUGCAAGAAAAAUGCUCCCAAAAAGGAGGAAGCAUGCGUCAAGGAAGAGAGAAAGGCCCACAUCUUCCAAGAGCGAACGACGCCAGUGAAGCAGACCGUGAAAGAGGAGAGGUGUGUCAAGAUGGAGGAAGAAUCGGAGCCAGCGGUAGUGAUUGUCAAGGUCGAGCCAAGACGUAAAGUCAAGUCUUAG